GCUGUGGCUCACUGAAGCGUACUACGCCGGAUGUCUUAAGAUAUCGCGAGACCUUCACCUCUAGUUUCUUACACAUCCUUUAGAAACUGGAAUUUAGCGAGAAUACAUCCUUUCAUACUGCCUCCUCCCUUGUUUUUCUGCCUCAGAGAGAUAGUCUGUCCUAAAUAUCCCAUGUAGCCCAGGCCACUGAAUUAAAACGGAGCGUAUUCGUUCUCUGCCCCACCCCGCAACUCCUGAAAGCGGCGCAACUCAAUUACUUGAUCCUUAUAUGCCCCACGCGGGACUCAUACUACGUUUCCCGUGAACACGUGCAGUCCAAGCCCCGCCCCUGAUAUUUAUCUCAGUGGACGGUGGCCGGAAAAGGACAAUGGUUUCCAUGUCAGCGGAUAAACGCUCUCCCCUCGGCUCCCGGACGCGACGGAGGUCGUAGUAGUAGUGAGUACGUGCUGAGGAGCAAAGGAGUAACCAAGAGAUCCAGUGACCGACGGAGCAAGAGCCAUGCCACACCGGGGCCUGGUGGCUGGGCCAGACUUGGAGUAUUUUCAGCGUCGCUAUUUCACGCCAGCGGAGGUGGCCCAACAUAACAGGCCCGAAGACCUCUGGGUAUCUUACCUGGGACGCGUGUACGACCUAACGUCAUUGGCACAGGAAUACAAGGGGAACCUGCUGCUGAAACCCAUCGUGGAAGUUGCAGGCCAGGAUAUCAGCCACUGGUUUGAUCCAAAGACCAGAGACAUCCGCAAGCACAUAGAUCCGCUGACCGGCUGCCUGAGGUACUGCACCCCGCGGGGCCGCUUUGUGCACGUUCCGCCUCAGCUGCCCUGUUCGGACUGGGCCAACGAUUUUGGGAAGCCCUGGUGGCAGGGGUCGUAUUAUGAGGUGGGGCGGCUGUCUGCCAAGACCCGGAGCAUCCGCAUCAUUAACACGCUCACGUCGCAGGAGCACACACUGGAGGUGGGGGUUCUGGAGUCCAUAUGGGAAAUCCUACAUCGCUAUCUCCCCUAUAACUCACAUGCUGCCAGCUACACGUGGAAAUAUGAAGGGAAGAACCUGAACAUGGAUUUUACCCUGGAAGAGAAUGGGAUCCGGGAUGAGGAGGAAGAAUUUGACUAUCUCAGUAUGGACGGUACACUUCACACACCUGCAAUACUUCUGUACUUCAAUGAUGAUCUCACGGAGUUGUAGGAAAGGAGAUGUACACUCGUGUAGACUCAAGACGUAUUUCGAGUUUGGCUUUUUCUGUGCCUUGAGGAAAAGUGGUGGGGCCGAGGGGUGCCUGGCCCUAGAUCUCCACUCCUCUCCAGGAGCUAGCCUGUGCCCUUCUGAAGUGUAAAGGCCCUAUUCCCUGCCUUCAUUACAGUUUGCUCUGAGAAAAUUAGUGAAUUAAUCUUUAGGAAUGAUACAAGAAGAUCAAGUACCUUGGUUUAGGGAGAUGUAGAAGAGGAUAGUCAGAGUUCACGCAGAACUCUUUGAUAGUUAAGAGAGAGUAGUUCUACAGGGGUGAGAGAUGGAAGGACUUUUUUGGCAAUGAUGGAAAUGAGAUGUCUGAAGGAAGAGGGGAUUUACAAAGAAAUAGGAAAUGUUUAUCAUUGACCAUACAAAGCUGGCUUAUCUUACUUGUAGAAGAGUGUUUGGCAGCUGAAACCCAAGGGAAGGGAAGGAAGUGCGUCAUUAUAGGCAAUUCAGGCUAGAUAUUAUACUAGGUACUUCAUAUACCCUCUUUUUUUUUUGCCCCCAACAAAGAGAAGGGGUCUUGCUCUGUCACCCAGUCUGGAGUGCAGUGGCAAAAUCAUGGCUCACUGCAGCCUGGAGCUCCUGGGCACAAGUGAUCCUCCCAUCUCUGCCUUGAGUAGCUGGGACUUCAGGUGCAUGCCACAAUGCCUAAUUUUUUAAUUUUUUGUAGACACAGGGUCUCGCUGUGUUGCCCAGGCUGGUUUCAACCUCCUGGCCUCAAGUGAUCCUCUUGCCUCAGCCUCCCAAAUAGCCUCUUCAAGACAACUACCCCAUAAGGUGGAUUACCAUUACUACUUUACAGAUAAGUCCUUUGAAACUUUGAAAAGUUUAAUAGCUCAAAGCCACACUAGGUAGUAACCACUAGAGCCAGAAUGCAAAUUCAAGUCUGCCCAACUCCAAAGUCCAUGUUCUCUCAAUAUAAAGGGACCAUCUCAAUGUCUAAUCUCAUGUUAACAUUUGUAGCCACUGCUCUCAGCAAGUAUUUGGGAUGUGGCUUUGUCCUAGGAUCCUUGCACAACAGGAAAUUGUGGUCCUAUUGUAUAGUUAGCAGUUAUUGUCUCUGGAAGGGAGUUUGCAGAGUUCUCCUGUGGCGAAGAGGAGGCAAGGAAGGCUAAGUGUCAGUUAAGCAAUAGCUAUUGGGGCUACUUCUUUGUUAAUCCCAUACCCCAGAUUUCUCUCCUGACCUUUUUGGGGCAAAGAGGUGGGUAUUUACUAACUUGAGGGAAAACUAGAGUGGGGAAAAGGCCGGCAAAUUAGUGACACUUUGGCGAGGGAGAAAAAGGAGGCAGUUUGCCACUUGGAGAAGAUGAGGAAGACAGGGUUGCAAGACGGUGACUCCAAAAGAGGCAGCUUGACAGGGGUAAUGUAAAGAGAGAUGCUAACUAAGUCAGAAAACUCUCCUGGUGACCAAAAGAGAACCGCUAUUGGGGGUAAUGGCUAGAUUUGGUCUCCUUUAACUUAAGGAGGGGAGAUUUGAGAAUGACAGACAGUUGAACUUCCUGGCAGCAGCAAGCAAAAAACAAAUCAGGAAGAGUUUAGUGUGUCUUCUGGCAGGGGGACACCAGGGCCCAGCACAGGAGAAGGUGGCCCCUGUGAGAUACUGGUGGGCUAUAUAGGCGUUUUCUGAGGGGCUUUGGGAGGCAUGAACAAAGGUGGAAACAUUGCUGUUGGCUUCAGCAGUAUCUGAAUUUACUGUGAGAUGGAGGGCUUAAAUCUAACCCCAUGGAAUGCAGGAGUCCAUGAAUUAUCUAAAUCGAUCAUUUUGAUCUUUAAUCAACUCUGCAAUUAUGUGUACCUUGUUUGCUCAAUUAAACGCUGAACUAUUUGAGAAUGAAAGCUAUGCUGUUCCUCUAGUGCAAGCCUCAGGGCCUGUCCUGUGCCUACAGGAUGUCCCCAUUCUGCCAAAACCUGUCCCUCUUCCAGAGACUCCUACUUCGAUGCCUCUUGCUAGAAACACAUCCCUUUCCUCACACAUCCAGUCACUCAUCAAGUGUAAUCUGUCUCCUAAAUAUCUCUGGAACCUAUCUUCUUUUCUCCAAGUUACCAUCACCUCUUGUCUAAACUGCUACAGAAACUUCCUAACCUGUUCUCCCAUUUCCACUUCUGACUUCCAUGCUGCAAUGAGAGUCAGCUAUGAAAAACAAACCUAAACAUCAAAUUUUCCUUAGCUUCUUCAGUGGCUUCCAACUGCUUUUGGAAUAAAGUCCUAAAUUCAAAGAUCUUGUAUAAAUCAGGCUCAUCUCGCAACACCCCUCUUUGUUCUCUAUGGCCCAGACACACUGGCUUUCAGUUCAUUACAUGUCUUGCCUCAGACCCUCACACACUGUCCUCUCUGCCUGCAACACUCUUCCUUUCACUUUCCACCUAGCUGAUCCUAAAUGUUCCUUCCUCAGGGAGGUCUUUUCUGAUUUCUUGGUGGGUCAGGACUUUCUGAUAAAUCAGUUAGCACCAUGCAUUUUCCAGAGUUUUUAUUACAAUUGUAAAAUUAUGGCUGUAAUAGGCUGGCUGCGCUGCUAGAUUGUAAGCUCACGAGGGCAGAGAUCUUGUUCACAUCUUGCUCACUGCUAUAUUCUCAUUGCUGAGCACACAGUUGCAGCUCAAUAAAUUUUGAAUGAACUCCAA